AUGAAUUAUUAAAUACUGUUUUAUACUCAAAUCAUUCAAAACAUUUGGUGGAUAAUAUGUUCAUGGAUAUUUUAUUAGCAUAAUGAUUAUUACCUUUGUAUUCUUUCUGUAAGUAGUAUUGUUAUACGGAUUACAAUAAUAAUUUUAGAAAGAAAAAUUGCUCAUACAUUUGUUUUAGCAAUUUUAUAUUUGCUUUAAAAUUGCUUAUAUACAGAGGCAAGUAUAAGAAUGCCUUUGAAUAAUCCUUUUACAAACCAUUCAAAUUCUUUGAUGAUAAUAAUCAACUAUGAACAUGCUAACAAAGAAUAAAAAGAAAAUAUUUAAAUAAUUUCAAAGUUCGGUUUUCCGAUAUUUUGUUUGUUAAGAAUAAUAUCAAUGACAUUUAUUGAAACAAAUUAUUCAAUUUUAGAAAGCUGCAUAGUAAUUUUUAUUUUUAUAUGUUUGAUAACAAAGGAUGAAUUAAAAAAAAAAAAAUAAAAAAUUUUCAAUACAGUGAAAGACCCAGGAUCUUAAGAUUAACAUAAUUUCAAUUAAAAAUUUUUAAGUUUUAUCUAAUAAGAUUCUAAAAGAUUAUCUUUGGGAGCAUCUUUUAAGAAAAGUAGAACUCAUUAUUCAUAGCAUCAAGAGAAACCAGAAGACUUUUAAAAUAUCCCAUUAUACAAUGAUCCUAGAACUAUGGAGGAAAAUAUAAAAACUUCUUUAUAGUUUUAGAGCUUAAAAAAAAGUUUAAACAAAAAAGUAUCAACUAUAAGUGCAGAUAAAUCAGAUUAGUAGUUACAUACAUUCUUUUAAAAUAUAAUAAAUAAUAUAUUUUCAGCAGGUGUAGUAAUUCUUAAUCAAAAUUAAAAAGUAACACUUAUGAAUAAUAAAUGUGAAAAACUAUUAGGUUAAAGAGGAAGUGAAAAAGUAGUAGAAUGUUUAAAAAAAAUAAUUAUUACAAAUUCUUUACAUGAAAAUGAUGAAUCUCCAUUAGAACAAGUUCCUCCAAGGUCUUAAGCUAAAAUGAACAAAGUAACUUUUGAAAGAAUUCUUAAAUAUUAUCAUGAGAACUAAUUAGAAUUAGAUAUAUUUGAUGCAUUUCUAUUUCCACAAAAAUAUCUGCAUUAAUUCUAUCAAAAUUUAUCUCCUCAUUCUGAACUUGAUUAAAGAAGUAGUCUUUCAGAAUCAAUAAAUGAAACAUUUUUAUAAAGAAAAGAUGCUGUAACUUAUGAACAUAUGAUUAGUGGAGAAAAUGGCAUUUUAAAGAAAUUAAGAAUAGUUAUUAUACCCACUUAUAUGACAAAUGCUCAACAAGAAUAACUCUCUUAUCCUUCAUAUUAAAAAGUUCAUAUAAGUAAAACUGCAAUAUAAGCAGAAAGUGUACAACCUAUUAUAGUAAUUAAAAUAAAAAAUAUAACUAAAAAACAUAAGAUAGAAUAAAUGAAUAAAGAAAAAGAGAUACAUAAUUCUUUACUCAAAUCUUUUUCACAUGAAUUAAAAACUCCUUUAAAUAGUAGUCAAGAUAUGCUUAUGAUAUUAAAAGAUAAGAUUAAGGAUCCUUUACUUUUAGAGUAUGUUGAGAUUGCUCACAUAUCAAUUAUAUUUUUAAUCCAUUAAAUUAAUGAUAUUUUAGAUUAUGCAGCUAUGUAAUCAAACACAUUUAAAUAUAGAUAUUUUGAAUUUAAUUCACGUGAAAUUGUUGAUGAAAUUAAAUAUAUAUAUUCUAAACAAUUAAAUUCAAAAAAAAUUGAGUUGUAAGUUAAAUUUGAUGAAAAAUAAAUUGGCAAUAUUAGAUCAGAUAAAUAAAGAAUAAUGUAAGUAUUAAUCAAUUUAUUAAAUAAUUCUUGUAAAUUUACACCUGAAGGUGGUAAAAUUGUUUUUUCUUUAAAAUUAAUAGAUUAUUCUUUUAUUAAACUUUAAGUUAAAGAUUCUGGUGUUGGGAUUGGUUCAGAUUAAUUAUAAAAUUUAAGAAAAGUUUUGACUAGUUCAAUGGGGAAGAGUCUUCAUAGAUCAAGAAUCAAAAAAAGUUUAGGUUUGGGAUUAAAUAUUUCUGCAAGAAUUGUUGAAGGUUUGAUAAAAAAAAAUGAUGGAACAUUAGAAAUUAUUUCAAAAAAUAAAAAUGAAGGAACAAAAAUAUAUUUUAUAAUAGAGAAUCUUUUAAUUUGUAGAGAUGAAUCUGUUAGAAAUCCAAUGAUUUCUGAAUAUACAAAUAAAAAUAAUACUUAUAAAUAAUAAAUGUCUUAAUAUGAAGGUAGUCAUUGUAGUUAAAUUUUACCACUUUUAAAAUAAUUAUCUGAAAAUUCAAAAUUUGAACCUUAAUCUCCUUCUAAAAAAAGUAGAACAAAUAAAAGUAAAUUUUUUAAUAUGUAUCCAAUAAAUUAAGAAGAAAGUUCUUUAGAUAUGGCAGAUAAUUAUUCAUAACAUAUAGAAUUACCUAUAAGUCCUGAAUAUUUUAUUUAUAAGGAAGUAAUUGAUUUAAAGAAACAAAAGAUUCCUUAAUGUUAAUUCUGUGCAAAAGUACUUAUAGUUGAUGAUAUUCCUUUUAAUUAGAUAGCAUUAAGAGCACUUCUUCUACAUUACAAUAUUAAAGUUGAAUAAGCAUAUGAUGGUUAUUAAGCAAUAGAUUUAGUUAAGAAAUAAUUAGAUAAACAUUGUUAAUAUUAUACAUUAAUUUUUAUGGAUAUAGAAAUGCCUGGUAUAAAUGGCUUUUAAGCUACUAAAGAUGUAAAAUAAUAAAAUAAAUUAGAUACUUAAAAUUACUUUUGAUCAGACAUAUAUUAUAAUGUGUUCUGCAUAUGACACUGAAGAAAAUUUUAGAGAAGGGGAAUCAGUAGGAAUGGCUGAGUUUCUACCUAAACCUGUCAACUAAAAAGAGUUAGAAAGAAUAUUAUAUAGAUUUGGUUUUCUAUGA